GGGGAGCGCAGCGGCCCCGGCCCGGCCAUGGGGCUGCGCGCCGCCGGCAUCCUCGGCUGCUGCUGCUGCCUGCUGCCCCUCGUGCUGCCCGCAGCGCCAGGCGUGAUCUGUAAAGCUGGCUGCCAUCCAGAGAAUGGAUUCUGUGAAUUUCCCAGUGAAUGCAGGUGUCAGCCUGGCUGGCAGGGUGCACUCUGUAACCAGUGUGUUCCUUUCCCCGGGUGCUUGCACGGCAGCUGUGCCAAGCCCUGGCAGUGCAUCUGCGAGGAGGGCUGGGUCGGCAGCCUCUGUGACAUAGAUAUUCACCCAUGUUCAGCAAAACCCUGCACCAAUAAUUCAACGUGUAUAGAGACUGGUGAUGGAGGAUAUAUUUGUCUGUGUGCCCAGGGAUUUACAGGAAAAAACUGCCAUCUCAAGAAAGGACCCUGCAUUAUUAAUGGUUCUCCCUGCCAGAAUGGAGGAACAUGCAUUGAUGACAAUGGUUUUGCACCCCAUGCUUCCUGUCUGUGCCCUUCUGGUUUCGCUGGCAACUUCUGUGAGAUAGACAGAGACGACUGCGAAUCCAGCCCGUGUGAGAAUGGAGGAACCUGCACAGAUGUCGGAGUGGGUUUCAGCUGUUCUUGUCCCCAUGGCUAUACAGGGAAGCUCUGCAGCAGCCGUGUCGCUUUCUGUGCAAGUGGCCCGUGUGAGAACGGGGGCACUUGCAGUGAGCAUCCCCAGGGAGGGUUCGAGUGCAUCUGCAAACCAGAAUUUGUUGGCGUGACCUGCAAACAUCCCAGCAAAAACACAAGCCUCUCUGGAAUGAAUACGGAGACAAAGCAUAUGCAGAAUUACAAGCCACCCUCAAAAGCUCACCACAGAUCAGUGCACCAACAACAAGAAAUCCUGAAAAUAACAGUGAAAGAAACAAUUCAAAAUGCAGAUCCCUUAAUGAGUAGAAGCCAGGUGAUAUGUUUUGUUGUGCUGGGCUUGCUUACGUGUCUUGUUGUCUUGGGUACAACUGGGAUUGUUUUCUUUUCAAAAUGUGAAAUGUGGCUUGCUAAUGCCAAGUAUAGUCAUCUCCUGCGCAAGAAAAAGAACUUUUUUCUGAAGUCUAACAAUGGGGAAAACCUCUCAGUUAAUAUUAUCUUCCCAGAGAAGAUCAAAUUGACUAAUUACACUAAGAACUACACUGCCAUCUAGGCCCUUGAAAGCCAAGCAGCAUCUUGCAACUUUUCAUAGCAAUAUGUAAAAUUUAUUGCCUGUGUUUGGCCUCAGUAUUUGUGUGUAUAUUUGCUGUAAAUUGUUCUGAGUGACAAUGAAGAAAUGUAAUGGAUCUGUCUUGCUAAGGAUUUUUUCAUUCCCCAAAAUAAAAGGUAAAAAAAAAAAAAAA